GAAACAAUGUUCGACAAGUAUAGAGAGAACCAGAUGAUAUUAUGACAGCUAGAAUUGGUAAAUAGAAGGUCUGAAGUUCCCAUAAAACACGUGUAUUUUGCAUUAUUUUGUGUAUAUAAUGGAACUAUUUGCUAUAAACCGAUUCGACGACACAAGGUUGACUAGAGAGGAUGAAAUUACGCAAGAAGAACAGCUACUUCAGCGUCUGCAAAAACAGAUUAGCAGUAAAAGAGAAAGUCGAAAAUUCAAAGAUGCAAGCCCUGAUAAUCCGUCGGAUAACGACACACAAAAUAUCGGAAAUAGAGAAGAAUGUGUGGAACACGAUCAACAGAAUGACCAUUCAAAUAGAGAAGAAUGUGUGGAACACGAUCAACAGAAUGACCAUUCAAACAACAGUAAUCAAGAAGAAGAAAAUGAAGAACCUCCAAAACAUGAUUCUCACACAGACGAAGGAACAGAUUUUCUAGUUCUUGGAAGUAAUCGCUUCCAAAAAUUAAAACAGGUGGAAAAAAUUCUGCCUCCAUGGCUGUCCCAUCCAACAAUAAUCGAUAGUGACUUUACUAGGAAAGGAAAAUCGAUCAAGAAACUGCAGUAUCUUGAUGAGCAACUGAGAAAAAAUCUUAAAAAUAUGAAGUACAAACGCCUCUUUCCCGUCCAAGAAACCGUGAUACCCUGGAUACUGGAAGCUCACCAGAAGCCAGCUCCUUUCUGGCCCCGAGAUGUUUGCAUAUCUUCACCCACCGGUAGUGGGAAGACACUUGCCUUCGCUGUCCCAAUCGUUCAAAUGUUGCUCAAGAGGAUUGCUCCUGCCAUAAGAGCUCUAGUUAUUUUACCGGUAAAAGAACUCGCCGAACAAGUGUUUGGCGUUUUCGCAAAGCUUUGCGAAGGCACUAAAGUUCGUCCUAUACUUUUAUCACAAAAGCAAUCGUUUAGCGUUGAACAGAUGAAGCUAGUAGAUAGUUUUGACGGAGAAUACAUGCCCAAGGUGGAUCUUAUUGUAACGACCGCUGGUCGAUUAGUAGAACAUCUUCAUUCAACGGUAGGAUUUACCUUGCGACAUCUUCGUUUUUUGAUCAUAGAUGAAGCGGAUCGUGUGAUGGAUCAAAUUCAGAAUGAUUGGCUGUAUCAUCUCAACAAGCACGUUCAGCAAGAGUCGGAUGAGUAUCUGUUGGGAAGAACCGCUGGUCAAUUGUCACAAACGGAGCUGUUCGAUAAACCGAGACAGCCACACAAACUGCUAUUUUCAGCUACUCUUAGUCAAGACUCGGAGAAACUCAAUACCUUUAAACUUUUUCAUCCGAAACUAUUUACAGCAGUUGCCGAUCCCGCAAAACGUUUGGCUGCAUUUACCAAACAUGCGGCUAAUGAAGAAAAACGUGGCAAAUUUGUUGGUCAGUACGCCACGCCUGCCGAAUUACGAGAAUUGAUGUGCAUGACGCAAUAUAAAAUCAAACCGUUGACUCUGUUUGCAUUGAUCAAGGAGAACAACUACAAACGCUUUUUGGUCUUCACCAACUCAAUCGAAGCGUCUCAUCGACUUUCCUUUGUACUGCAGAAAUUGUUGGGAAGUGAGUUGAUAAUCGAAGAGUGGUCAUCUUCUUUGAGCCCAACUGCAAGGAAGAAUGUGCUUAGUCGAUUCAUGCUUGGUAAAGUAAAUGGAAUCAUUUGUACGGACGCAUUGGCUCGUGGUAUUGAUAUAGAUGAUAUCGACGUUGUCAUUUCGUAUGAUAUGCCGAGGCAUAUUAACACGUAUAUUCAUCGAAUAGGCAGAACCGGUCGAGCAGGUCACCGUGGUACGUCAAUAACGAUGUUGAUCGAUGAGCAACGGAAUGAAUUCAAAUCAAUCUUAGCUGAAGCUGGAAAGGGAGAGCUGGAGUUAAUCGAAAUUCAAUCUAAUAUAGAGGAACAGUAUGCCGUAUUGUAUUCCAGUGCCCUAAACGAUCUUCGAGAGGCACUUGAUCUGGAGAAACAAACUAUUAACAAAAUUCGCAGCGGAAUGUCGAUUACUACCAUGACCACAGUGAAUCUUCUGAGCAAAUUGAAAGAUCGUGUCGAAAUCGAAAAUAGCAAUACUUCAGAAAAGAUCAAAUCCCUAGUACAUUUACCGAAGGCAUGGACGAACGAAGCCAUCGAACAACGUGCUUCCGGCAGUGGCAAUAACAAGCGUAAGUACAAAAUGUCGACAGACGAGGCAGCCAACGAUCAAGGUCAAGAUCAGCAAAAGGUAAAAAACAUACACCAAGAAGUGAAAAAACGAAAGAUGUCACAUACUCUUGCACGAAAAAGUAAGAAGAAAGUGGCCAAAUGAUCCGUGGAAGGAUCAGAAUAAUGAA